AUGUGGGGAAACUACGUUCCUCCAGCUACUAACUCUAAGGCAAUUCAUGACCAGAACUUUACGGGAAAGGUAGUGGAGGUGGUGAGUGGGGAUUGUGUUAUAGUUGCCAAUGAUGCUGUUCCAAUAGGGAGCCCAGCGGCAGAGAGACGGGUUAUUGUUCAAAUGGAAUACUCAAGGAAAAUCACCCAAGCAGAUGGUCCUACCACAUCUGGAGCUGCUGAUAGGUUCAUGGAUUUUGGCUCAGUGUUCCUUCCAUCUGCUGCCAAAGCAAUUGCUGACGGUCAGCCGGCUGGAGUGAAUGUUGCUGAGCUCGUUCUUUCCCGUGGUUUUGGAAAUGUGGUUAGACAUAGAGAUUUCGAAGAGCGAUCAAAUCAUUAUGAUGCUCUUCUGGCUGCUGAAGCCCGUGCUUUGUCUGGAAAGAAAGGAAUCCAUUCUACAAAAGAAUCUCCAGCCGUACACAUCACAGACCUCACUGUGGCGGCAGCUAAGAAAGCUAAAGAUUUCCUGCCAUCCCUCCAAAGAAUCAGGAGAAUACCUGCAGUCGUGGAAUAUGUUCCAAGCUUGGAAGAAGAUUUUGGUCCUGAAGCUGGAGAGUAUUUACAUACGGUGACGCUGGGUAGCGGUAAAGAGUUUAAAGCUGUGAUUGAAGAAAGAGACACUUCUGGAGGCAAAGUCAAAGGGCAAGGCACUGGAACAGAAUUUGUUGUCACUCUCAUCGCUGUCGAUGAUGAGAUCUCUGUAAACGCUGCAAUGCUUCAGGUUCGCAUUGUUCUUGAAGGUGUUGACAAAUUCAACAAUCUGAUUGGUUCAGUUCAUUAUUCUGAUGGUGAAACAGUUAAAGACUUGGGUUUGGAGCUCGUUGAAAAUGGUCUUGCUAAAUUUGUUGAAUGGAGUGCUAACAUGAUGGAGGAUGAAGCUAAGAGAAAGUUAAAAGCUGCAGAACUUCAAUGCAAGAAAGAUAAGGUAGUGGAGGUGGUGAGUGGGGAUUGUGUUAUAGUUGCCAAUGAUGCUGUUCCAAUAGGGAGCCCAGCGGCAGAGAGACGGGUCUGUCUUUCGAGUAUCAGAUCUCCAAAAAUGGGUAACCCACGUAGAGAAGAGAAGCCCGCACCUUAUGCUCGGGAAGCAAGAGAAUUUCUGAGACAACGGCUUGUUGGCAAACAGGUAUUGAGUUGA